GUUAACAUCAGCCGUCUUCUCUCCCCUCCCACAACCUAUUUAAACAAACAUCUGCCCUUAUCUUGAGUCUUUAGGAACCCCGUUGCACACAGUCGCGAAUAACUAGCAUCUGCUGUUGAAGAGACGUGAUGGCUUUGGCAGAUCCCGAGUGCAGAAUAUCAAACGGCGCGGAUUCCGCCUCCCCGUUUUCUGAUAUUAUUGAACUAAACGUGGGAGGACAAGUGUAUGUGACACGGCACACGACUUUAAUAGCCGUACCGGAUUCUCUCCUGUGGAACAUGUUUAGUAAGAAAACACCGACAGAGCUGGCACGGGAUAGCAAAGGUCGCUUCUUUCUGGACAGGGACGGCUUUCUUUUCCGCUACAUUUUAGACUACCUACGGGAUCUAAAUCUGGUUUUGCCUGACUAUUUUCCAGAGAAGAGCAGAUUACAGCGGGAGGCUCAGUUUUUUAAGCUGCGGGAGCUGUCCAAGCUCUUGAGUCCCAAAAUGAGUAAAGACAACUCCAUCAACGAUGAGAUCUGCCAGAGUGACUCGGAGGAGCCGAGCGCGACUCCGUUGGUGGGACCCGACACCUCGCGCACGCUGUCAGUCGCCAUCACCGCUCAUUCACCUUCCCUGGAGUCCAAAAAGUCGGGCUACAUCACAGUCGGUUACCGAGGCUCAUAUACAAUCGGUAGAGACAUACAGACAGACGCCAAAUUCAGGCGGGUCGCGAGAAUCACGGUGUGCGGGAAGACUUCUCUGGCUAAGGAGGUGUUCGGAGACACUUUGAACGAGAGCAGAGACCCGGACCGACCUCCGGAGAGGUACACAUCGCGCUAUUAUCUGAAAUAUAAUUUUCUCGAGCAGGCGUUUGACAAACUGUCAGAGUUUGGCUUCCAUAUGGUCGCGUGCAGCUCCACUGGCACGUGCGCCUACUCCAGCAGUGACCCAAACGAGGACAAAAUCUGGACAAGCUAUACAGAGUAUGUUUUCUGUCGAGAAUGAGCCAAAAUGUGUUGCAUUUGAUUGUGUAUAUAAGCAUUCCACUAUAAAUAAAGUAAAGUAAACGUAGAGUAAGGUUUCAGCCUUUGUGGAGAGGUGUAGCCUAUUGGGAGUGUUUCACAAAUUUCUAGUUGUGUACAUCAUAGAAUUGGCUCCGAGACUUUAACAGCCUGUAAGUAGUCCAUGUUGCUAGAAUUAACGAACGCGGAAUAACUAUCAUUUCACUUCCCUUCAUAGCUUUUUCAGAUUUGAGGGUCUAUUUGUAAAAAGUUCCAGAUGUGUUUUGUAGCCUACUUGCUGUUCUUGUUGCAUGUUUAAAAUGAACACAUUAAAUAUUUUUCUUCCCGGGACAAUGAUUUAACGGACGAUUCCACUUUCAGGAAAAGUCGAUUGCUGACACAUUAGGCAACAUUCUGGAAAGACCCUGACAUUCAGCUUCCUUUGUGUUCAUCAGACUGUAGAUCUCAAUGACACUUUUCCUUGAUACGUUCAGUUGUAUCUUUUCACUGUGAAUAACCAACUAAAACUGAAAACCUAAGUUUAAUUGCUGCCUUAAUUUCUUUAGUAAAAUUAAAGUGGUGCC